CGCAUGCGGUAUGUGUUGCCCAGUACAAUCCCAUACAUUCUAUUCGUACGCGGCGAAACGUUCCGCACGCGCCGCUUGCAGUCUGUGGCAGGCUUAUGUGUUGCCGCUUCAUCCGCGGCGAACCGUUCCGUCCGCGCCGCAAGCUCCGCUUGCGGUCUGUGGCAGGCUUUAAUCCCUGGCCCCGUAGCCCCGGCUAUUCAGAAUCUUCGUAUCAACAAACGCACGCUAAUCAGGAUAUUUUAAUCGCAGCGAAAUGGCGGAAGUUCAAUAUUCCGAAGAUCUUUUCAUUUCUCAAAAUGAUCCUGAUUGUGAAAGAAUAGUAAACGUAGAAAAUAACUUUAAAUAUACCGGAUUGCCUUCGGAGAAUGAAUUACCGGCGUUGAAAAUUAUGAAUAAUGAAAUUAAUAACUGUGAAAAUGCUGAUAUAUCCUUGUUUCGCGAAUCCAAUGGCAUCCAAUCAUCGUGCGGAAACGGACACCAAGAAGGCCAAGAAACAGAUGUUGCACGAGAAGAGCGACUAUCUCAUCUGCCUUUUGCCCGUAUUAAACAACUCAUGAAAGUGGACUGCGAAAUCAGUAUAAUCAGUGCUGAGGCUAUUUUUGUUGUCACAAAAGCCACCGAACUCUUUAUUCAAACAUUAGCGAAAGAUGCAUGCAGUUAUACAAUGGAUUCCAAAAAAAAAAACAUCUCUAAGGCCGAUAUCGAAAAGACAAUUGGUAGCACCCUCUCGCUGAAAUUUCUAGAAGGAAUGAUGAAUUUGUAAAAAUAUAAAGGAUGAAAAGCACAGUAAACUCUCAACAGCCAAGACAAAUUGCAAGGAAUAAAAGUUGUGUGCAUUUAUCUCGAAAGCUUAGUCAUUUCCUAAUUUUUUGUUUGAUAUACCACAAAUGAAGUUAAAUUUCACUGGUAACGUAUGACUGAAUAGAAGUUUCAUGUAUAUUUGAUCGUAUGUUCGCGCAUUCCGUAAAAUUACUAUUUUAUUACGUACAUUACGAUUUUACUAGAUGGACUAUUUUCCCGGACAUUCAUCUGAUGAGUUUCUUGCAAGUCUACCAGUUCCUUAUCCGCUACAAAUGAUGAAAUAAAUUAAAUGAAUGGUUAAGUCUUACAA